CCUACCUGCACUGACCAGCUGCUAGCAGAGGGUUCGGCUCUGAGAACUGUGAGCACUGGAAAUGGAAAGAGCCCCGGGUUUUGACCACAACCACUGUUUCAUGGCGCUGUUCUUCCUGGCCUCCCUGAGCCCGCUGGGCCUUGCCCAGUACGAACAGAAGAGGAAGCACAACGAGGGGCGCGUGGAGGUGUUCUACGGCGGCGAGUGGGGCACGGUGUGCGACGACGACUUCUCCAUCCACGCGGCGCACGUGGUCUGCCGGGAGCUGGGCUACGUGGAGGCCGUGUCCUGGCUGCCGAGCUCCAAGUACGGCAAAGGAGAAGGGAGAAUUUGGAUGGACAACGUGCACUGCAGCGGCAAGGAGAGCACCCUGGCAGCCUGCACGUCCAACGGCUGGGGGGUGACGGACUGCAAGCACACGGAGGACGUCGGGGUGGUCUGCAGCGAAAAGAGGAUCCCCGGCUUCAAGUUCGACAACUCGCUGCUCAACCAAAUAGAGAACAUGAACAUCCAGGUGGAGGACAUCCGGAUCCGCGCCAUCCUGGCCACCUACCGCAAGCGGGUGCCCGUCACCGAAGGUUACGUGGAGGUGAAGGAAGGGGGCACCUGGAAGCAGAUCUGUGACAAGCACUGGACCAUGAAAAACUCCCGCGUGGUCUGCGGCAUGUUCGGCUUCCCGAGCGAGAGGAAAUACAACGCCAAGGUCUACAAGAUGUUUGCCAGCAGAAGGAAGCAGCACUACUGGGCCUACUCCAUGGACUGCAGCGGCAACGAGGCCCACGUCUCCAGCUGCAAACUGGGCAACCACCUCAACGUGGACGCGGAGAAGAACGCGACCUGCGACAACGGGAUGCCGGCCGUGGUCAGCUGCAUCCCCGGCCGGGCCUUCGCCCCCAGCAGCCACAGCGGCUUCCGAAAAGCCUUCAGGCAGGAGCAGCCGCUGGUGAGGCUGAAAGGAGGCGCCAACACAGGCGAAGGGCGAGUCGAGGUGCUGAAAAACGGCGAGUGGGGGACGGUAUGUGACGACAACUGGAACCUGGUGUCGGCGAGCGUGGUGUGCCGGGAGCUGGGCUUCGGCAGCGCCAAGGAGGCCAUAACGGGAGCCAGGCUCGGGCAAGGUAUGGGUCCAAUUCAUCUGAACGAGAUUGACUGCACAGGCUUUGAGAAGUCGGUCACGGACUGCAAGUUCAACACGGAGUCGCAGGGCUGCAACCAUGAGGAAGACGCCGCGGUGAGAUGCAACGUCCCGGCGAUGGGUUUCCAGAACCAGCCUUCUGGCCAGGAAACCUGGUACUGGCACGGAGACAUCACUGCCGACAGCGUGGUCAUGAGCGGCGUCAAGUGCUCGGGGACGGAGAUGUCGCUGGCGCACUGCCGCCACGACGGGGCCGACGUCUCCUGCCCCCGCGGAGGCGGCCGUUUUGGUGCCGGCGUGUCCUGCUCGGAGACCGCCCCGGACCUGGUGCUCAACGCGGAGCUGGUGGAGCAGACGGCCUACCUGGAGGACCGGCCCAUGUUCAUGCUGCAGUGCGCGCUCGAGGAGAACUGCCUGGCCAGCUCGGCCGCCAACACGUCCCUCACGUCGGGCUACCGGCGCCUGCUGCGCUUCUCCUCCCAGAUCCACAACAACGGGCAGUCCGAUUUCCGCCCCAAGAACGGCCGCCACGCCUGGGUCUGGCACGACUGCCACAGGCAUUACCACAGCAUGGAGGUUUUCACCCACUACGACCUCCUGAACCUCAAUGGCACCAAGAUAGCCGAGGGGCACAAGGCCAGCUUCUGCCUGGAGGACACGGAGUGCGAAGCAGAUGUGCAAAAACAGUACGAAUGUGCCAACUUUGGGGAGCAAGGCAUCACGGUCGGGUGCUGGGACGUGUACCGCCACGACAUCGACUGCCAGUGGAUCGACAUCACCGACAUCCCGCCCGGCGACUACCUCUUCCAGGUCGUCAUCAACCCAAACUACGAAGUUGCUGAAUCCGACUAUUCCAACAACGUGAUGAAAUGCAGGUGCCGGUACGACGGGCAGCGCAUCUGGAUGUACAGCUGCCACAUAGGUGGCUCCUUCAGCGAGGAGACGGAGCAGAAGUUCGACCACUUCAGCGGACUCACAAAUAACAAGGUGUCCACCCGAUAGAGCGGCGUGGCCUCCCUCCCACUAUUUAACGAAGCGAGGUUUCCUGCGUUGUGAUCUCCUUAACCACUG